UCUAAAUCAAACAAACUGGAUCAGAAAAAGGAAAAUGAGAUAGAAACCGUACCUGCAAGAUCUGAUAACAUCGACGAUGAUGAAACCGAAGAUGAAAGUGAUCAUAAGACAUUGGUUGGACAUGAGGAUGAGAAUGAUGAAGGCAAAAUCAGCGUACAGCAUCAAGAACUUGCUAAUAUGAACCAUUGUGGUGAAAUAAGUAUCAGCCAAGAUGAAAUUUUUGAUAAAAUCCAUUGUGGAUCUUGCUAUCAAAAUAAUACCAAUCUUGGAGUUGGAAGAAAGAAAAUGGAAACCAAAGAUAUUGAUGAAGAUAAAGAAGAUUGUAGAACAUUAGAAACCUAA